AUGCUUCUCAACAAAGCCCUGGUCGGAUCUAUAUUGGGAUUUGCGGCAGCUUCCACGACACGCAUCAUCGCAACAGAUGAAGUCCCACUAAUUGGCCCAACUUUCCUUACCAACUUUGACCCAUCUAACUCGAUUGCAAUUGCGAACGCCAAAUUGAAUUUCCCGGGCAUCAUUGACGGCCUCUUUUCAAGUGGCAGGCUUAAUCGCACGGAUCUAGCAUUUUCUAUUGACGUGUUCUCGGCUGCAACAAAUCGCUCCAUCUACAGAUACUCCCAUGUGGGAGAGAAUUCCAAAGCUUCUGUAACAUCCGGGGCGUUUGAUGACAAGACGAUAUCGCGUAUUGGAAGCGUAACAAAACUUUUCACUGUCUAUGCAAUCAUCGCCAAAGCGGGCAUACAAGUCUUCAGUGAUCCUGUGACGAAAUACCUUCCUGAACUGGCGGGAAAUUCAUCCAAUGAUCCCCUGGAAAAGAUUCGGUGGGAGGAUAUUACUGUUGGAGCACUUGCGUCUCAGCAGGCCGGCUCUGGUGGUGUUGCGGACUUCCUGCAAAAAUACGUCGACCCCAAAGACCCAUUCAAUUACAACUCUGAAGAUCUUCUCACCUUCUUCCGUGAUGAAAAGAAGCCAGUGAUCUCUCCAUGGCGAAAUGCCGUUUAUUCCGAUGGCGGUUUUGCUAUCUUGGGGCAAGUACUUAUACGUCUCUCGGGAAAGUCUUUCCCAGAGGCAAUCCAAGAAGUUAUAUUCGAUCCACUGGGGAUGGACAGCACAUCGACGACCAUCCCCAAGGGUCCUGACCUGAAUGUUAUCGAUCGCUCCAUCAUCGACAAGAACUCAUCAUGGGGUGUUGAUCUUGAAAUUGUCGCAUCAACGGGCAGCCUUUACGCCAAUGGCGCAGACCUUCGCGCCGCGGGUCUUUCCAUCUUGAACUCUGAAAUCCUCUCUCCGGCCACGGUAUCCGAAUGGAUGAAGCCCCGCAGUGGAACUGGAAGCUUAGUCGAACUUGUCGGUGCGCCGUGGGAAAUUUCUCGUCUCGAGAUCCCCGUCACGCCAGGUUCAAACCGGACUCGUGUUUCAGAUCUGUACACCAAGGCCGGGGGAAACGUUGACUAUACCGCCAUCUUCGCCCUGUCACCGGAUCAAGGUAUAGGAUAUUCUAUUUUGGUUGCCGGUUCAACCGCCACACCAGCUCGCUGGCCCCUGCGCGACGUGGUGGGCGAGACUUUCAUCCCUGCUGCCGAGCUCGCCGCGACAGAAAAUGCCAAGCGUAAUCUCGCCGGCACAUUUGUGGACAGUACCUCGCCCGGCACUAACCUCACCUUGACCGUCGAUAGAGGCCGGCCCGGGCUCGGCUUGAAGUCGUUCUGGGUCAAGGGUAUCAACGGCAGGGAUGGUCCGUACUGGCGCCUUUAUCCGACCGGUUUGACUUCAUUCUCCAGAUCUUUGUCUUCCCUGUACAGAAAAAAGGGCGCCAUACGUGUGGCGCACCGUAUGGUAGAGCCCGAGCCACCGCUUAAACCUCGUGCAGCCAUCGAAGGUGGCAAGGGUGGCCUAUUUGACAACUCGUUCACGUGGAUGAACCUCGACUUUGCGGGUCCUACCGAUGAGUUUAUUUUCAACCUGGUUGAUGAAAGACUCGUCAGCGUUGAGUUCCCGGCAACUGGAUCUGUGUUCAAAAGAGUGCACUAA